AUGACAUUAAAAUCUGCACUUAAUCAAGCAUUUAAAUUAAAAAAUUAUAAAACUAGAACAAGCUUUGCCAAACAUGGGUUAAUAUCUCCAUCAAUUGAAGAACCAUCUCAACGUGAUGAAUUGCAUUUAAGUUUAAAUCGUUUUCGUUUACAUAUUAAAUCAACUUUACGUCAAAUAAAAGGUGAAUUUAAUUUAAUUAUUCCAAAUAAAAAUUUCUUAAUUAAUGGAGAUGAAAUAGAUGAAGAAUAUAUUGAAAAUCUUGAAUUUCUUGUUUAUAAUUGA